AUGGACAGUUUGAAUUUCUGGUUCUUUUUCUUCAUUCUAAUUCUCCCUAUUUUUGACAAUUAUUCUUCAUCUACACUCGCAUUAGUUACACUAGAAGACGAAAAUGGAAAUAACAUUGGCAAGAUUACUAGAUUAACAAAUCCUCCACCUCCAUCUCCGCCACCCUUGCCACCAUCUUCCGAAUCAAGAGCUCCGCUGUUUAAUCCUGGAGUGGCCGUAAUUGUUGGAGUUCUCACAACCAUUUUCACCAUCAUUUUUCUGUUGCUUCUAUAUGUGAAGCACUGUAAAAGGGGUAUGCAUGUCAAUCACUCCAGAGGGUACUCUCAAUCAGCAAUGGUAGCAAGGAAAAAUUCAGGAAUCGACCCGAAAGUGAUUGCAUCACUACCCAUAUUCCGGUUCAAAUCCUUGAUGGGCCAGAAGGAUGGCCUGGAAUGUGCAGUUUGCCUCAAUAGAUUCGAACCCACUGAAGUUCUCAGAUUAUUGCCAAAAUGUAAGCAUGCUUUCCAUGUUGAAUGUGUGGAUACUUGGCUUGAUGCUCAUUCUACUUGUCCACUCUGUCGUUACCAGGUCGACCAUGAAGACAUUCUUCUGGUUGAUUAUGAGAAUAAAUCUCUGUAUAAUCAUGAUCAGUCUAAUGAAAAAUCAAGCAGUGCCCUACUGUCUCCUACCCAGAAGGGGAAAGAAUUCGUUAAUCCGAGAGUUUCAGGUCGGCAUUCAUCGGCCGGUGAAAGAGGGCAGUCAUUAGAAAUUAUAAUCGAAAACCCCGGUAAGGAUUCCAGCAGAAGAUCACUGGAUAGCUGGAAAAUUGGGUCCAGCAGAAAAGACAGCGUAGCGGAGAAUUCCAGGCAGGAAUUGGGCAGCAAAUCAGUUGACAGUUCAAAAUCCAAGAAAAAAUUAGUUCAUGAAUCCCGAAAAGACGGGAUGCUGUUGGAAAAGCAGAAGCAGGUUGAAAAGCAUCGUCUGGACCGCAGGAUCAUAAUUACCGGGGAGGCCCCGGAAAUCAGCAGCAAUUAUCACCACGAUUACCGCUGGAGCGACGUGCAGCCACCAGAUUUACUCUUCUUGCGAUCAGAAAUGAUUCUGGGAGUGGAUGAAAGCCUCGGUUUCUCAGGGCGGCGGCUAAGCGGCAGAGAUGAAAACGAUACGGCGGAGGGAAGUAGAGGAGUAAUAAAUGGAAGAAGCGUGUCUGAAAUCACAGGAGUGAGUAGGUACAGAAGUAAUGGGAGGCAAGGGGAGGGACAGAGACAUGAGGGGGUUGUAAAGAGGUGGUUGGCUUGGAUUUCUCAAUCCCAACAGCAGAAAAAGACAACUGCACAGUCUGCCAGGCCUUCUUCUUCUUCUUCUUCUUCUACCUCCAUUGUUGUUUAG